GCUCAUCUUUUUUGAAAAUACAUACACAUUGUAGGGCUCAGAUUGAUUUCCACAUGAAACAAUGGUCAUGAUUGGGUUCUACUAAAGUGCUCAACGGCUCAGAUUGAACAAGCUACAAACCCAUGGUUAGGAUCAUUUUAGGCCUCUCACCAUUUGCCCGCUCAAAAACGUCAUUCAGUGGAGUACUAAAGUAAUAAGUGGAUUAGCCUCCUCUCUCAUACACAAUACGCAAACCCAAAAUUGCAAAACCCAUUCUGUCAUCAGUGGCUUUAUUUGCUCAAGACAAGAAACCCAUUUUGCCAUUCAAAAUUCUUUACCCAAUGUUGAAACGGAAAACCCCAAAAUGGCAGAACCCUUUUGCUUGAUCUUUACUGCUCUGCUCUCCUAUCACUCUCCUCAGCUAUCAUUUUCUACAGGUUGAACUCCUCCAAAAAAAUAAUGUCGGGGUUGUGAUACGCGAUGAGCGAGAACUCAACACCAUUCGUAUUCGUGAAGAAAAACAAAGGGCUCAAGCAAUAGCUGCGGAAAAACUAUAGGCAAACCGUAUGGGAAAAGGAAAACAAAAGGCUACAUGUGCGGACAAGCGGAAAGAUAAUGCCCUGGUAGAACUUCGUCAACAUAGAAAUGGUGGAGUUGUGAUCCGCGAUGAGUUGGAACUUCGUAAUCGUCAAGAGGAACGAAAUGCUGAAGCAAAAGUUGCAGAAAAACGAAAGGCAAACUCUAUCGGCAAGGGGAAACAAAAGUCUACAUGUUCGAACAACGGAAAAGAAAAUGCCUCGGUUGAUCUUCAUCAUCAUAGAAAUGGAGUUGUAAUCCACAAUGAGCUAGAGAUUCAUAUUCGUCAGGAGAAAAGAAGGGCAGAUGUAAUAGCUGUGCAAAAACUGAAGGGAACCUCUAUGGGUAAGGGAAAACAGAUUGGAACAUAUGCAAACAGGGGCGAACAAAACUCCACGGCACUCAAUGAUAAUUUUAUAUCGAGAGCAACAUUAGCCCAACGUGCGGGACGAGAUCGAGAAAAUAGAUUACAACAAUGCACUGCGAUUUCCCUUGGACAAUGCUUACAAGUAGACCCUCCACAAAAGCGACAAUGCCUGCAAUCUCUACAACAGAAUGCACUACAUGCAAAUUCCACGGCACUCAAUGAUAAUGUUAUAUCUAAAGCAACAUUAGCCCAACGUGUGCGACGAGAUCGAGAAAAGAGAUUAAAACAAUGCAUUGCGAUUCCCCUUGGACAACGCUUACGAGUAGACCCUCCACAAAAGCGACAAUGUCUUCAAUCUGUACAACAGAUAGCCUCUUUUACCACAGCCAGUCGUCGACAUCCUACUUGCUCGGAACAAGGAACAGUUUCUACCAAUGGGACCGAGCCUGCACAAAAGCGUCAAAGGGUUACGCACAUUGUUUCUACCAAUUUGGCUAACAUAGUGACUGAGCCGGCAUCCUACUUACCUGAAACAAGGAACAAUUCCACAUGUAUGAUGUCCUUGCCAAGUACAUCGUCCGCUCCACAAAGAAACUGGUCAACUCCUACAAGCCAAAUCUUCCAAGAGGAUCUUUCUUAUGGUGUUAACAUUGAAAAUAUCCCUACGAGUUCAAGAGUUCAUAGUCUUGCACAUAUAAAUUUAGGCAGGCAUUAUCUUGGCAAGAUGGACAUUCUAUGUUCUCAUUGUCAAGCCUUACAUUGGAUGGACGAAAAGUUGGCACGAUCUUCUAAAAAGAAUCCCUUAUUUGGAACUUGCUGUCUGCAAGGAACAAUAAAGCUACAUUUGCUUUCUACACCCCCUCCGCCUCUUAAAGCAUUGUAUGAUGGUGAUGAUGUUAGAUCCAAAUCGUUUCGAAGUAAUACUCGAGAUUACAACGCAGCCAAUGCUUUUACUAGCCUUGGCACUACAUUGGAUCCAAGAGUACUUAGUGGGAGGGGUCCUACUCCAUUCACUAUCCAUGGAGAAUUACGACAUCGAACAGGAUCACUACUACCGCAAGCAGGUCAGAUUGGAUCAUAUGCUCAAUUGUAUAUUUAUGAACCUAAUUUUGCUUUAGACAUUCGUAGUCGGAGAAAUCCUCAAUUAAGGAGGGAUGUCCUUGAAACAAUACAAGGCAGUUUGUUAGAGGUUAAUGCCUUUGUAGGUAAAUUUCGCCAAGCUUAUGCGGUUUUGAAUCAAUUAGCUGAAACAGGACAGAAUUUAUCGGCCCAUCUUCACUACAGUUCUUUUACGGAUCGACGACGAUACAAUUUACCGACAACAGAUGAGAUUGCGGUUGUAGUACCAGGGGAUGGAACUAAGGCCAGUGGAAUGAGAGAUAUCAUCUUACAUUUGAGAGGAGAUAAUGGGUUAAUGCGAAUUAAUGAAUGCCACCCAGCAUACUUGCCACUACAUUAUGUUUUACUGUUCCUAUAUGGAGAGUUUGGAUGGGAACCUGAGAUGAAAAAGUGGGAUACUCGGACUAAUCAACUAUCUUCUGAUCGACUUACUCAGCUGCAAUUUUAUAGUUAUCGAUUGUUUGAGCGUCCGAAAGAGUAUUCAACAAUUUUGAGGUCAGGUAAACUCUUCCAGGAGUUUCUGGUGGAUGCUUGGGCUGCAACUGAGCAAAAUCGAUUGACAUACUAUAAGCUCAAUCAAGACAAAUUUUGUACUGCACUCUACCAAGAUUUUACUGGUUUCCAUCCAGAUGAGCUAAACCCUAACCAAAUUGGUAAAAGGUUUAUUUUGCCAUCUUCUUUUGUUGGUGGUCCAAGACACAUGUUUGAGAUCUUUUAGGAUUCAAUGGCUAUCACACGAUACAAUCAGCACCCUGAUAUUUUUCUCACCAUGACUGCAAAUCCCAA